AUGGAUCCGCCGCUACGACUUGUUUGUGGCGAGCAUCGUGAUAUUGAAGAAGAAAUAGCUAACCGAAUUUUGUCGGAUAUUUCCGAAGAAACGUCGUUAGCCGGAUCUCUACUGUCAAUUGAUGACUUCGAUGCCAUGAAUAAAAAUCCAAAAGAUGUUCUGCAACCUGACGAUAAAGGUCGUAGCAGAUCAACAACACCGAAUGAUGUCUCUCGUGGUACAACGCCUAUUGGUUCACCGACGUUGACUAUCGACAGCGUUGAUGUCUUGCAGCUUCCACUAUUGCCGUCAGAUAACCAGAGCUUGGGUGAAAGUGACGAAAAACCGUCCUCUAGGCUGGGAUUUGAUAAACCAGAUAGUCUGAGCGCAAAUGCCAAAUCUGUAACUCAACCGUUUCCCAUUUACGAUCCAUCAAAGCAGGCGACACACCCAAUGCAAAUGGAUCCAAAGGUUCCAGUUGGAGCACCCUUGAUUCUGGAAGGGCUAACAAGACCUCAUGCGCUCGACGGAGUUGAAGGUACACGUCAGUCGUUAAGUCCACGAAGUCCACGUUCGUUACCCGGAACUAAAAGCCCUGUUAUGCUGUCACCGGGAAGAGAGUAUGCGAUGGAGGUAGUAAUUGCAACAAAGCAAGGCGUUCCAAGUAUUGCCUCGCCAAUCAGCGAAACUACUACAAACCUUAAGGAAGAACCAAAACAUAAAAUAAGGCCAACAGUACAUGAUGACUUGGAAAAGUAUCGUCCAUCGUAUAUUUACAAAGAACCGGCCUACACGCAUGAAAAGCCGGAUAUAGAUGACGAUGACUGGGACAGUAAUUAUCAGGUAUAA